GUGCGUUGAAGUCCAUGCCCACUGGCAAGGAGCUGCCGAUAGACUAUUUCAUCACGCCGUGCUACGUGAUGACCCCAUUUCAAUCACAACAGAUGUUUUUUGUGCACCCCGAGUCCCUGAACUACGCGCCUGCAGAUGCCAAGUUCACUGCGCUACAUCAGAUCCGCCACCUGCGUUGCUUCUACCACGGCCACAGUAGCUAUAUCACAGCCACCCCUCUGCCAAGCUUCGCGGACGAUGAGAAGUUGAACAGCUCCUGGUUACGGCUUCGAUCGCCGACCGAAGAGGGAAUCGACACCGUGCACUCAUGGAAGGAGGGGUUGCAGUCGAUUGCAUUCUUCUUGCGGGCCGAGAUCUUCAAGGCUUUGGAGCCGGGAACGUACGUCGAAGUCGACGCUUCCUGUAAGAGCGCCGAUUGCGCAGGAAAGCUUGGCAAAGUCUUGCUUGCAGCGGAGCGAAGUACUGAAAAUGCGGACCUCCUGAUUCAGCUCGAUGGCGUGGCUGAACCAGUUCGCAUUGAAUCCGUGGCCCUGAAGAUCUAUCCAAGGUACGUCCAGUAUCUGACCUUAGCCGAGAUGUCCGAGCUGGUGAGAUUUCAGCUGGCCCUUCUUGACCCAGGAAUUAGGCAUGCUUGCAAGCAAGCCCCGCCGAUGCCCAGUGAUCUGAUCGGCUACUUGCGCAGGGAACACUGGUGA